AGGAGGAGGAGGAGGAGGUGGAGGUGAAGAGGAGGAGGAGGAGGAGCGUGUGUCUGCUCUGAAGGACAAAGUGUGGAUUUGGAAAGUCUCUGUCAGAGGAGAUGCGGGACGUGCGGGAGCUGAGGUCGCUGGUCCAGCAGCGACUGGCUGCGGCUGCUGAGGAGAUAUUUGGGCUGUUUGAAAGAACGAUAGCAGAGUACGAGGAGGAGAACCGCCGACAGCGCCGCCUGCUGGACGCUGUGCUCAACCCGGAAGUCAGGCUGCACCCAGCAGUUCUGCCUCGCCACCUGCAGCGGCUGGACCAGGAGGAGCCAGAGCCUCCACACCUCAAGGAGGAGCAGGAGGAGCUCCCGACCAAUCAGGAGGCCGAGCAGCUUCAGGGUCUCACCAGGUUCCCUGUGAAGAGUGAGGAUGAUGAAGAGGAAGCUCUGACGUCGACAGAGGCAGAAAAAGCUGAGGGACGUCUGUCCGUCUCUAAAAGCUUAAGGAUGAGUUUCUCAGGUGGGCGGAGCUGGCCGGCCUGGCGUCGGCGUCGGCUGGUGGCGGCGGUGCAGGAGAUCUUCGGGCUGUUUGAGAGAACGAUGGCGGAGUUGGAGGCGAGUGAGCGACAGCGAAGGCCAUGUGACGCCGUCCUGAGUCCAGACGUGCAGCUCAGUAAAGAAGACGUCCAGCAGUUGCUGGGGAGGAAAGAAGAGGUUCCCCCUGAGCAGCAGGAGCAGACCCCCAGUCUGGACCAGGAGGAGCCAGAGCCCCCGCCCAUUAAAGAGGAACAGGAGGAGCUCUGGACCAAUCAGGAGGCAGAGCAGCUUCACGAUCUCACCACGUUCCCUGUGAAGAGUGAGGAUGAUGAAGAGGAAGCUCUGCCCUCACAGCUUCAUCAGAGCCAAACUGAGGAGAGCAGAGGGGCGGUGCCUCCAGCCAGCAGCUCCACUGAGCAGAUGGAGACAGAAGCUGAGGUGAAGACCUGUCUCUCCUCUGAAGCUGAGAGUGAGGACGGUGACGACGACUGGCAGGAGAGCAGAGAGCCUCGGUCAGGUACAGACUCACUGAGUGAUCUCCCCCUCAGCAAUGACAGAUCCAAUAUUGAGGAGAAACCAUUCAGUUGCUCUGUCUGCAGGAGAACAUUUGCUAAGAAGCAGUACCUGGUUAAACACAUGAUCGUUCACACCGGAGAGAAACCGUUCAGUUGCUCGGUCUGCGGUAAGACCUUUGCUAAGAAGCAGUACAUGACCACGCAUGUGCGAGUCCACACGGGAGAGAAACCAUUCAGCUGCUCCGUCUGCGGUAAGAGCUUCGUCCAUAAAAAAGACCUGCAGAUACACGUGAGAAUCCACACAGGAGAGAAACCGUUCAAAUGCCAUUUCUGCGACGAAGGCUUUCACGAAAAGGGAGCCCUGCAGAAGCACGUCAGAAUCCACACGGGAGAGAAGCGCUUCACCUGCAGCGUCUGCGCCAAAGCAUUUGCCGACAGGAAGUACAUGAUUCAGCACCUCAAAGUCCAUUCGGGAGAGAAACCAUUUUGCUGCACGUUCUGCGGCAAAAGCUUUGUUCACAACAAAGACCUGAAGAUCCACGUCAGAGUCCACACGGGAGAGACACCGUUCAGCUGUAACUUAUGUGGUAAAGGUUUCCGUGAAAAGGGAGCCUUACAGAAACACGAGCGAGUCCAUACCGGAGAGAAACCGUUCAGCUGCCCCUUUUGUGAUAAAACCUUCAGUCAGAACAGUAACAUGAGGACGCACAUGAGGCUCCACACAGGAGAGUAACUAUUCAUUUGACAACAAGCAGACUCGGGUAAAUCUGGACUCGCCGCUCAGAGCAUGGUUUAUAAUCUGUGAGCAUGGUUUAUAAUCUGUGUUCGCAAAUUCAUAAUUUGUGGCCACAGAUUUGCAAUCCAUGCGCUGAAACAGAUUCUUUCCUCAGAGAACGGUGACUGUAAUCUGAGGGCACGAUGGGACCGAUCUGUAACCCAGAAGCACAGUUUCUAAACCAAGCGCACUCAUUCCUAAACCGAGCGUGCAGAUUUACACCUGGGUAUUUUUUUCCCCAGAUGAUCCCAGGGGGGCGCUGUGCAUUUCUCUGUUGCCGACAGAAUUCAUGCAAGGGAACAGACAGAUCAGCUGUGACGUUUGUUGAAUAAAAUAGUGUUUACUCAGGAGACCCAUUUAAUAUAAUGGGUAGUGCAAAAAGAAUACACAAAUACAAAUUGUGUUAUUCUCUCUGUAAUUUCUGUCAUCAUUGUGUCUUUCUUGUUGUCGUUGACUGUUGUUUGUCCGCUGCUGUCUGCACAACAAACGGCCCCUCAGGGGAUAAUAAAGAUUUAUUUGAACUCUA